GAUGGAUGGAUGGAUGAAUGGCUGGAUGGCUGGAUGGACGGAUGGGACGAGGAAUUGAAUGGACAAUCGUCUUUCACCUUGACCUCUUCUCCGCACCCGUUGAUUGAUCCCUACCCUUCUCCCCUUGCAACACCUCUACCUUUCCGUCCCUCACUCCAUCCUCCCCUCCUGCCCGUCCUUCCGUCUCUUUCCUUCAUAGAUAGAUAGACAGACAGACAGACAGACAGACAGACAGACAGACAGACAGACAGCCGCUAGCAUGAAGGCCGUCGUCAAGUAUUGGGCAGCCAUUGCCCUGGCCACCUUUGUAUGGAGCAUCACACCCAUCAGUUGGCUCAUUGUCCUCUCCAAGCUCUACUCCCAACAUACCCAUCAAGCCUCCAUCUGGGAUCGACCCAAUCGCAACGUCUUUCGAAGCAUAGUCUGGUACUAUGCCCUAUGCGAGAUACCCUUCUCCCUAUACCUCGCAAAGCUCUCGAGGCGUGUUCAGCGCAGACUCCCGCCCCCAGAAGUAGACAAUGACACACUCGAUGCCCUCCUCAAGAUGUGUCUCGACAUCAGCGUACCCACCGUAGGCGAGAACGGCUCGGAAGAGGUAACAGAAGAGGAACGCAUCACCAUCUUCUCCUCCAACUUCAAGCGCUGGUUCCACGGCGCACAUUUUGAAGACAUCAAGGCAGACAAUGUGAGAGAGUGGCUCGCAUGGGCUCUGGGCGGCCGAGAGCUACACGAGUGCAAGGAGGAUGCCGAUCGCCACGCCCUCAUUGAGAGAAGCCUUAAAUUCGUAGAGGAAAAGGUCGGAUACCACUUCGAAGAAGGCUAUAACCCCAAGUGCACGGCAAUGCGGCUCACGUUGGACCCCUGCCUGACCCUACAUCGUCCCCUUGGCUAUUAUGUUGUUUGUAAUGGUGUUUCCGAAGGCACAAUUGCUUGGUUGCGAUACGUUCAUGGCUUCCGUGUAGAGACUGAGCUAGGCUGCGACUUCCUCGUACGUCCACGCGAAGCCGGAGUCGCUGCCACGCGCUCUACCCCUCCAGUCCUGUUCCUCCAUGGCCUAGGCAUCGGCCUGGGACAAUACAUUGCCUUCCUCAAAAGGCUCGUCGUGUACAAAGGGCCUCUGGUCAUCCUCGUCCAACCCCACAUCUCGACCUCCAUCACCCACCCUCGCUUCCUAGACGCCCCCUCUAGAGACGAUCACGUCGAGGCAGUCCAGACGAUCAUGAAGAGGAAUCAUUUUCAGGACGCUACGAUCGUCAGUCAUUCCAAUGGAACUAUGGUUCACGGCUGGCUCGCCCGAGGAGCCCCCGAAAUCGGUAAACGACAUAUCCUGGUCGACCCGGUCUGCUUCCGACUGUGGGAGGGAGCUACCUGCUUCGCUUUCCUCGGCAAGAAGUGGUCUAGCGGCAUCGAAGUGCUUCUAGGUUACUUUGUGGCUCGAGAAGUAGGAGUUGCCUACACCAUUGGUCGCAGAUUCAUUUGGACUGACAUGAUCUUCUGGCUCCAUGAUCUGGGCACCACAUUUGACCAUCGCCGACUCUCGGUUGUCAUGGGCGAAGAUGAUGUCCUCAUCGAUGUACCCGCAACGUAUCAGUACCUGAGGUCUUCCAAUGUCCCCGACGACUGCAUCGCCAUCUGUCCCAAAGCACAACAUGGAAAGGCUCUGUUCUUGCCUUCGCAGGGUAUGGGACUGGUCUGCAAGGAAUUGGGGAUUCCUGGUCCAACCUGAAGUCGAUGAUGCAUACGCGCACACGAACACACACACACACACAUAUACAACUACAGACACCUUCAGACAGCUCCGCUUGCGAUUAGACGACAAUUCCCUCAUAGAUGCGGUGUUCCGAUGUAAUGUUUGUUUGCAUUUGAGUUCUAUUUCUGGAUGACGUACCGCACUACCUUUGGGCCGCGAGGCCAGCACAUCUAUAAUGUAAAUCACCUUCACUUGU